AUGGCUAUCGGUAAGAACAAGAGACUUUCCAAGGGAAAGAAAGGUCUUAAGAAGAAGGUCGUUGACCCAUUCACCAGAAAGGAGUGGUUUGACAUCAAGGCCCCAGUCACCUACACCAACAGAAACGUUGGUAAGACCUUGAUCAACAAGUCCACCGGUUUGAAGAACGCUGCCGAUGGUUUGAAGGGCCGUGUCAUCGAGGUCUGCCUCGCUGACUUGCAAGAGUCCGACGAGCACUCGUUCAAGAAGAUCAAGUUGAGAGUUGACGCUGUCCAGGACAAGAACCUGCUCACCAACUUCCACGGUAUGGACUUCACCUCUGACAAGAUCAGAUCCUUGGUCAGAAAGUGGCAAUCAGUGAUUGAGGCCAAUGUUACCGUCAAGACUGCUGAUGACUACGUUAUCAGAAUCUUCGCUAUUGCCUUCACCAAGAGACAGCCAAACCAAGUCAAGAAGACCUCUUACGCUCAAUCCUCCAAGUUGAGAGAGGUUAGAAAGAAGAUGUCCGAGAUCAUGACCAGAGAGGUUGCUAACUCCACUUUGGCCCAAUUGACCUCCAAGUUGAUUCCAGAUGUUAUCGGACGUGACAUCGAGAAGGCCACCAGAACCAUCUUGCCAUUGCAGAACAUCCACAUCAGAAAGGUUAAGCUGUUGAAGCAACCUGCCUUUGACCUGGGUUCUCUGUUGGCUUUGCACGGUGAGGGUUCUGCUGAGGAGAAGGGAAAGAAGGUUAACACUGAGUUCAAGGAUGUUGUUUUGGAGACUGUUUAA